CUGUUACUCUACUAUAGCACCCGAUGAUGACCCGUUCAUCAUGAUAGCAUAUACAUAUUCAGCACUUCCACCAGGGUCGUUCACUCGCAUGAUCCGUCUCUUGCCACAAAGAGAAAGAAAUGCCCCCAUCGAGUGCAUACUUAUCAACUACGAUCUUUCAGUGUCAGAAAGCCGAAACCAUCUUUACGAGGCACUUUCCUAUACGUGGGGUAGCAAUGAUAAGCCGCAAGCAGUUCUGAUUGGUGGAAGUCUUCUGCCUGUGACUGAGAAUCUUCACACUGCCCUGUCGUACCUUCGGGACCACCAAUUGGAGAGAACAUUGUGGGUUGAUGCGAUCUGCAUCAACCAAGAAGACGAAGAUGAGAAGAAUACACAUAUUCCGCUUAUGAGAGCCAUCUACGCACAGGCCGAUCGAGUCAUUGUCUGGCUUGGGGAGCCAGACCAUGCUGGCCCCAAUGCACUUGACACGAUCCAUCAACUCGCAGAGAACAAAGUGUUGCUUUAUGCAGGUACCGAAAGUGUUGAUUUGUCAGAAGCGGAUCAUGUGGCCUGUAUGAGACCGCUAAGACAUGAUUGGUUUCGCCGUAUCUGGGUGCUACAAGAAGUUGGUGUUGCUCGAUCAAUUAUGUUUCGAUGUGGCCUAGCUCAGGUCAACGGCUAUUCGUUCUGUGAAGGCCUUAGCAGACUAAAGCUGUCACUACUACCAGACCACGUGCUCACAGUCAUCCCUCUUGUCCGAAGUUCAAUUAUUCGGCCACGCAACUCACGAAAACUGCCAGGUAAUCUCCCUUUAGGAGAGCUGAUCGACAUGUAUCGUACCCACUUCGCAACAGUUCCACACGACAAGAUAUAUGCGUUGCUAGGGUUGUGCUCGGAUGAUCUUAAAACACCCUGCUUAAGACCAAACUAUCGGCUUGCAUUCAGUGCUGUUGUUAAGCAGAUCGUAAACUAUAUCUUCAUGGGAAAUCAUACUGUGGCAGUUCUGUCUGACACUAACAUAGCUGUGAUCAAAGGCAAAGGGUGGAUUUUGGGCCAUAUCGUGUCAGUCGAAAGAAGCACACCCCUUCAUGACUACCAGACUAUUGGUAUUGGCUUCCAUGAGAAUGCCUUGGGGAUGUUCUUUGAAACUCAGUGGGGAAAUAAAUGGGUAAUUCAUGCUUCAGCAACAUUAAUUCAGGUCUAUGAUAUUGUGUGCUUCUUGCAUAAUGCUCCAAAGCCAACAAUCAUUAGACUGGGGAAAGGAAAAAUCAGUGUUGUCGUGAGUAUGGCAACACCAGACAUGGUCAAAAAGAAAACCGGAUACGAAUCCUUUCGUCGACACUCCAAGACGAAGAUAUCAGACCUACGGAAGCAAUUCCAACUCAUAUAUGCGCCACCUAUUGACCUUUUCUUCACUUGGGACAUCAGUCCACCUGCCAGAGAGAGUAGGAGUGAAUUAACUAGUCUGAAAGUGCCAACCUCUACUACAUCUAGCAGCCUAGGACAGACAUUGGAGGGAAAAGAGCAGGAAUACGGAUGUCUGAAACUCAUUUUAGAAGACAUUAUUGUGAAUAUACUGAAAUCUGAUGACUUUGAAGCGCAGUUCGAACCGAUGAAGCGACUAUUGUGUCAGACUCAGGUCCAAAUACCGGUCAGUGAAAGAGUGCUCGAGGCAGCAGCAGCACGUUAUGACAUCGCAUAUAAACUCCUAAAGAUUCUUCUUGACGACCAACGGAAGAGAGUAUCAAUAAUAGAAAUUUCAGUCAGAAAUGCAACAAGCAUUUAUGAGCUCAUGGGUAUUCUUUUUCUCCGCACGGCCGAUUCUUACAUCACUGAACGGGUGAUCGAUGAAACAAGUCAAAAUCCACAAGGAAAUUCGAUUAUCAAACUUUUUUACCAGUAUCAAAAGAGCCUUCCAGUCUCUGAACAAGCAGUCGAGAAUGCAGCGAAACAUACCUUUGGACUUGAUAUUAUUUUACUGUUUUACUACUACCAUCAGAACAGCCUUCCAAUCUCUGAACGUGCAGUUCAAAAUGCAGUAGAACACAUUGAUGGACUUGAUAUCCUUCGUCUGUUUUACCAACAUCAAAGAUGUCUACCCAUCUCUGGACAUGCAGUCCAAAAUGCAGUGGAACAAAUUGAUGGACUUGAUAUUCUUCGUCUGUUCUACCAACACCAAGGCAAUCUACCUAUCUCUGAACUUGCAGUCCAAAAUGCAGUGGAACACAUUGAUGGACUUGAUAUCCUUCGUCUGUUCUACCAACAUCAAAAGUGUCUACCAAUCUCUGAACAUGCAGUCCAAAAUGUAGUGGAACACGUUGAAGGACUUGAUAUUCUUUGUCUGUUCUACCAACACCAAGACAAUCUACCUAUCUCUGAACAUGCAGUCCAAAAUGAGGCAGUUGAAACUGCAGUGCACUAUCCUGAUGGGAUUGAGAUCCUUCGUCUGUUUUAUCAACACCAACACAACCUACCAAUCUCUGAAGAGGUCAUCGAAGCUGCAGUCAAGUACAACGAUCGACUUGAGAUCCUUCGUCUGUUUUACCAACACCAAGACACUCUACCAUUCUCUGAAGAUCUGUUGAAUGCGGUAGUACAACUCCCCGACGGAACCGAACUUUUGCAGUUUUUGUUCAAGCAACAAAGCUGUCCACCCAUCUCUGCAAGUACAAUCCAAAACGCAAUCUUAUCACCACAUGCACUUAAAAAAGUACAUCUUCUACAGCAGUACUAUCAAGAGAGAUUCCCGAUUUCUGAGGCGGUGGUCACUGCAGUAAUGAACCAUACUGACGGACCAAAUUCUGUGAGGCAGCGCUACCAGCAAGACAAAGGCUUACCGAUUUCUAAGGAAACGGUUAGUACAGCUAUUAUGGAUUCAAAUUGCUUCGAAAAUUUAAAUUUUCUUUACAAAUUGCAGAAGAGCCUCCCGAUCAAUAAAGCGGCGGUAGAGUUCAUAGUAAUGGAGCUCUUGGAACCUGGAGAUGAAGGAUCACGUUUGCGGGAUUUGACGGGCGACAAUACGGAGUAUGAAUAUCGUAGGAAGUGUCUAAAGCUUAUCUAUCAGCAUCAAAGUGAUGUGGUUCUUAGGGCGGCAAAGGACUCCAUAGUCAAGGAUAAAAUUAUACACAUGCUGCGCGAAUUUGACGAGCAAGAAAAUGAGUGA